CAGGGGUAUGAAAACCCCCCCCCGCCCCCCCCCCUCCAAAAAAACAAACAAGCAAACAGAAAUGGGGAGUCGAGACAACGCUCUAUUUUUCCUGCUCCUGCUGGGCGUGUUGAGGACUGGGUCCUGCAGAACGAGGGAGUAUUUCAUAGGAAUCAAUGAGAUCCAGUGGGACUACGCUCCCAGCGGGAAGAACCUGAUCCUGAACAAAACCGUCCAGGAGGACGAGAAUGCGCGGACCUUCCUGGAGCGGGGAGACACUCGCAUCGGGAGCGUGUACAAGAAGGCGGUGUACCAGCAGUACGCGGACGGCACCUACAAGCUGCCGAUCGACAAGCCCAAGUGGCUGGGGUUCCUGGGGCCCGUGAUCUCCGCGGAGGAGGGGGACACCGUCGUCAUACACCUGAAGAACAUGGCCUCCCGGCCGUACACCCUGCACGCGCACGGCCUCAAGUACAACAAGUCCGACGAAGGUGCGCUGUACCCUGACGACACGGACAAGGAGGACAAGCACGACGACCAGGUGGCUCCUGGGAAAAGCCACAAGUACGUGUGGCAGUUGGCCCAGUCACACGCGCCGACCAAAGACGACUCCAACUGCCUGACGCGCGUGUACCACUCGCACUACAACGCCCCCAAAGACAUCGCCUCCGGCCUCAUAGGGCCCCUCAUCAUCUGCAAAAAAGACACGCUGGACGUUUAUGGCGACAAGGCAGCGGACUACCUGUACGCACUGAUGUUCACCGUCUCGGACGAGAACCUCAGCUGGUACCUGGACGACAACAUCAAGACGUACUGCAAGACCCCGGCCAAAGUGAACAAGGAAGACGAGGACUUCGAGGAGAGCAAUAAAAUGCACUCCAUUAACGGCUACGUGUACGGAAACCUGCCUGGACUGACGAUGUGCGUCGGGGACAAGAUCCACUGGCACCUGUUCGGAAUGGGCAACGAGGUGGACAUCCACUCCGCUUUCUUCCACGGCCAGAUCCUGACGGACAGGAAGCAUCACGUGGACACGAUCAGCCUCUUCCCCGCCACUUUCGUCAACGCAGUGAUGGAGCCCAGCAACCCCGGGCGAUGGCUGCUCAGCUGCCAGGUCAACGAUCACGUGGGAGCUGGGAUGCAGGCCCUUUUUGAGGUGAAGGACUGUUUUCCUAAAGUUCACAAGCCGAAGCCACACGGCGAGGUCCGCGAGUACUUCAUCGCAGCGGAGGAAGUCGUGUGGGAUUACGGACCCUUGGAGGUCAACAAAUUUACGGGAAAACUACUGAAAUCUGACAAGGAAUCCCAGACGUUCUUUGAGACGGGCAACGCCAGAAUCGGAGGAAAGUACAAGAAGGCAGUAUAUGUGGAAUACACUGACCACACCUUCACCAAGCGCAAGGACAGGACACCAGAAGAGGAGCAUUUAGGAAUUCUGGGUCCUGUAAUUCGGGCGGAAGAGGGGGACACUAUCCGGGUGAUCUUCCGGAACAAAGCCACGCGCCCUUACAGCAUUCAGCCGCACGGUGUGGAGUACAGCAUCAAACAAGGAGGGACGCUCUACGACUCCAUUCCUGAAGAAACUUCCAGAUCCAAAAUAUUGCUACAAAAAAUCAAAAAUGCAGGUCCUCCGACUCCACCCCCAGCUUCACAAGUUCAGCCUGGCACCGCCUUCACCUAUGAGUGGGUGGUGCCAAAAGAUGGAGGACCGGUCGAGGGGGACGCAGACUGUAUGACCCACCUGUACUACUCCGCUGUGGACUCGGUAAAGGAUACCAGCUCCGGAUUGGUCGGGCCCCUGCUGGUCUGCAGGCCAAAAACUCUGAAGUCAGGGAAACAGAAAAAUGUGAAGAAAGAGUUCCACCUGUUGGCUACCGUGUUUGACGAGAACCUGAGCUGGUAUCUGGACGACAACAUUAAGCAGUUUACAAAAUCUCCCAAAACGGUCAACAAGGAUGACGAGGACUUCCAGGAAUCCAACAAGAUGCAUUCAAUCAAUGGAUACAUGUACGGGAACCUGAACGGACUGAGCAUGUGCAAAGGAGACAAGGUGUCCUGGCACCUCUCUGGCCUGGGCUCAGAAGUGGACAUCCACGGCCUGUAUUUCCACGGCAACCGUUUCACCAUCAGCGGAACCCGGAGGGAUUCCAUCAAUCUGUUUCCUCACAUCUCCCACACGGUUAUAAUGGAGCCGGACAGCAUGGGGGAGUUUGAGGUGGACUGCAGGACUGUUGACCACUACAAAGGCGGCAUGAGGGCCACCUACACCGUGGAAAAGUGUCACUGGUGGAACACCGACGCCGGGAUCAUGCUACACCAGAAGACGUACUACGUCGCCGCCGUGGAAACAGAGUGGGACUACUCACCCAACCGCACCUGGGAAGAUAGCAUGCACAUGGGUCUCAAAGACAGCCCCGGUAACGCCUUCAUCGACAAAUUGGAUCGAUUCAUCGGCUCCAAGUACAAGAAGGUCCUCUACAGAGAGUUCACGGACAGCUCGUUCACCAAGCAGAAGGAGAGACCAGCAGACGAGGAACAUCUGGGAAUCCUGGGACCCUUCAUUCAUGCCGACGUUGGUGACAAGGUGAACAUUGUGUUUAAGAACAUGGCGAAAAGGCCGUACUCUAUUCACGCGCACGGAGUGAAGACCGACAGCCCCCAAAUCUUCGAGACUCCAGCAGGUGAGACGCACACUUACACCUGGUACGUCCCAAAUUCUGCUGGACCGGAUGAAGGGCAGGAGCAGUGCAUAGUUGGGGCCUAUUUCUCCACAGUGGACGUUGGCAAGGACCUCUACAGUGGAUUGAUUGGUCCCCUGGUCAUUUGCAAGCGGAGCUUUAUGGGGAAGAUCGGUCUGAAGAAGGAGAUCGAGGAGUUUGCUCUGCUCUUCAUGGUGUUUGAUGAAAACGAGUCCUGGUACAUAGACGAGAACAUCAAAACAUACGUCCCCAACACCAGCAAAGCCAGCAAGGACAAUGAGGAGUUCGUCGAGAGCAACUUGAUGCACGCGAUGAACGGCAGGGUGUACGGCAACCUGCGGGGCCUGACGAUGCACGUGGGGGACAAGGUGUACUGGUACCUGAUGGGGAUGGGCAACGAGGUGGACAUGCACACUGUUCACUUCCACGGGCACAGCUUCGACUACAAGCUGAGUGGCGUCCACCGGGCGGACGUGUUCGACCUGUUCCCCGCCACCUUCCAGACGGUGGAGAUGCGGCCGGUGUACCCUGGGACCUGGCUGCUGCACUGCCACGUCACGGACCACAUCGAGGCCGGGAUGGAGACCACCUACACCGUCCUGGAGAAAGAGGGGUCCAAAGGUGUGAAAGGAUUUCUGAAAGGCUUGUUCACAAAGAGCUAAAGAAACACGACAGGCAUGCACCACAUUUUGUGUUUUAUACUGGACUUUCGUGAUAUCUGCGAUUUUUAAAAUAAACUGACAUAUAAUUAUGAAUAA